AUGAGGGCAUCCUCAAGGGCAAGCUCUGACAGCCCGUCAUCAAGCCGAGGGCGGAGGGAGAGGAGAUCCAAGCCCUCCAGGUCGCGUCGGUCACCCCGCUUCGUGUCGCGGUUGAAGGAGGACGCUAUCCCCAUCAGCCUCGAUGACAUGGACUCCCGCAUACGCGAGGUUUUCAUGAUGUUCGACAAGGAUGGCAGUGGCCAGCUUGACAUGGUGGAGCUCAGAGAUGUGCUCCGCACUUUGAACCCGAACUUCUCGCCGACCGAGGUGGCCUACUACUGCAAGUGGCUCGAUGGGUCAGGCAACGCUGACGGACUGAUCUCGCACAAGGAGUUCAUGGACUGGCUCAAGACUGGAAGCAAAGCAUCGGAGGACCUCCGCCGGAUCAUCAUCGCGGAGACCGGCUCCUCCGUCUCCGCGCGGCUCCGCGAGGUCUUCCGCCGCUUUGACAAGGACGGCAAUGGGAACUUGGACCUCGAAGAGAUGUCCCGGGUCUUUCGGGUCUUGAGCCCAUCCUUCAACAUCAAAGAGAUAAAGGAGCUGCUCCACGAGCUAGACACCGGUGGCGACCAGAGAGUUUCGCGUCCGGAGUUCAUGGCAUGGAUUCGGAAGGGAGGGGAGAGAGCCAUCUAUGUCAAGAAGGCCAUCCUGGCGAACACCGGCUUGAGGUGGGAGCAGCGAAUCAGGCAGACCUUCGACAAGUACGACACGGAUGGCGAGGGAUGUCUCGACAUGCAGGAGUUGGCGAAAGCACUCCAAAACUUGGGCUCCCUCACGAGCGAAGAGGUGCGGAACGUUUGUGUCAGCCUGGAUGCCUCCGGGGAUGGCAACGUGUCCUUCGAUGAGUUCGCCAGCUGGAUCAAGACCGGGGCUGGCAACCGAGAGAUUGAGAAGGCCAAGGCCAUACUGGCGCCCAGUGAUAGCGAUGGCCUGGAAGCCGCCUUCUACAACUUCUGUGGGGCUGGCCGUGCGGAGCUGGAUGGAACGAGCUUCCAGCGACUCUGUGAGGACUGUGAGCUGCUGGGCCCAACCCUGAACCCUGCAGCCGUCGACCUCAUCUUCUGUGACACCCGCGUCAGGCGCAAAGGCCAACGCACCAUUGAUGUGAUUGCCUUCGAAGUGGCCUUGGAGCUUCUGGCGGAGAAGAAGAACAUGAGCAAGCACGACGUGCGCAUGCAGGUUGUUCUCCAGGGCAAGCCGGUGAACAGGAGCCACCGGGCCAAGCGAUCACUCUCCCCUCCAACUUGCCGGCCACAAAGCAGCAGCUCCAAGACGUCGCUGGCGAGCGCCGGCAAGAAUUCCAGCCUUCGAGGCCCCGGAGGUGCCGCGAAGACCGAGCGCAUCGGCCUCUCCUCCCUCUGGAAGGUCUUUGGCCGACACACCAGUGCAGGCUUGGCCAUCUGGAAGCUGCAGCGGCCGUCGUCGCCGCGGAUUCGACCAUGGGCUGCUCGCGCGGGAACUCCCUCGCGCCUGAAAACUCCCAGGCCAAAGCGGAAGGCUCGGCAUGUGGUACCCGAGGAGGACUUCUCCGACAUAUGCGUGCAACUUGGCUGGCGCUGGCACAUGUUGACGUGGUAG